AUGGAGAAUGUGAGCGGCUCUCUGCUGCAGUUACAGGGCCUGUCCCUGUCUGACUCCUCUGUCCUGCCUGUCUUCUACGGCUCUCUGCUGUCGUAUGUCCUCAUGAUGCUGGUGAACCUGGGGAACUGUGUGGUGAUCCUGAGGGACAGGAGCCUGCACCAGCCCAUGUACCUGCUGCUGUGUAACCUCUGCCUCAACGACAUCAUCGGGGGCACAGACAUUCUCCCACGUUUACUGUCCGACCUCCUGCGAGCGCCCGAAGAACGUCUCAUCUCGUACAGCGCCUGUGCCACACAGGCCUUUGUAGCCCAGAUAUUUGGGACGACCUCACACACGGUUCUGAUGAUCAUGGCGUUUGACCGUUACGUGGCGAUCUGUAACCCGCUGCACUACUCCACCAUCAUGAGUGGGCGCAUGAUAGUGAAGCUGAUAGCGUCUGCGUGGGGCGUGGCCUUUGUCAUGGUGGGGAUUCUGAUUGGUCUGUCACUGCGUCUGUCGCGCUGUCGCUCACUGGUCACAAACCCGUACUGUGAUAAUGCGUCUCUGUUUAAGCUGUCGUGUGAGAGUACCCUGAUCAACAACGUGUACGGGCUGCUCUACACGGCCCUCCUGCUGAGCGCCUCCAUCGGCUCCAUCCUCCUGACCUACGUCAAGAUCACUCUGGUGUGUCUGCGCGGACACAGCUCCAGUCUGAACCGCCGCGCCCUCCAGACCUGCUCCACCCACCUGCUGGUGUACCUGCUGCUGCUGCUCAGCGGAAUCAUGGUCAUUACUCUGCACCGUUUCCCUGAGUACACGGAGCAGAGGAAACUGGUCUCCAUCGUUCUUUUCACAGGGCCCGGAGCGGUGAACCCCAUCAUCUACGGAGUGCAGUGCAGGGACAUACGUCGUGCCUGGGCACGGCUUUGGGCUCCACUCUCCAUGAGAAAGAGAAAUAAAUAA